AUGCCCUCGAUCUCCGCUCCAAACACUCCACACCGACGCAAAAGUCAACGACAUACAAGCAAAUUGGUCACCUCUUGCAAUGACGUCAGUGACGAAAUGGAUGAGGAGCUCGACCCUCUGCGGGUCGCUAGAUGGAGGGCACUCGGUGACAAGCGGAAAGCCAUUGCGCGUUUCCUCAACAAGCACAGAAAGGAAGGGCUGCACGGCUACAUCGAUGAGCUCAGACAUUUUGCUGUUUCGCCUGGUGGUCUCAUUGACGACGAUUUUCGUGCUGAAAUCUGGCCGAUUCUUGCUGCGAAUUUGGUGGUAGAAGACGAGGACGAGGCGGAGCUCUACGCCAGCACAAUGAGUCUGUCGACAAGCGAGUCCGAUUUUGAGUCGGCCGUUUCGGAGCUACCAACUGAAGACGACGAUCGGAAUACGCCAGUCUCCAGUCAAGUCGAGACGGAUUUGGCCUCUCUCCAAGAGCACCGGGAGUGGCGGCAGGUUGAACUCGACGUCAAUAGAACGCUCGCUCGCUUCCCGCCCGAUAUUUCUGAGGACCACCGCGUCACACUUCAGGAUGAUUUGACGCCGUUGAUCGUCGAAAUUCUGGCCGCAAACCCACGCUUCAAUUAUUAUCAAGGCUUUCAUGAUGUGCUACUGACUUUGCUGCUCGUAUUGGGUAAGGAGAAGGCGCUCGAAGUCGGGAAGAAAUUGUCUACCGGCGGUUCAUUCCGCAACUACCUCCUCAAAUCCCUGGAAAGUAGCGUGUUGAAAGAGCUCCAAUUGAUGUACGUGAUACUCGAGCGCUGUGACGCGGAAAUCGAACAGGUGAUGCGGGGUGUAAAUCUGGGCAGCCUAUUUGCACUCAGCUGGCCGCUCACUUGGUUUUCUCACUCGUUGCAGAACUAUCAUCAGAUUGUGCGUUGCUUCGAUCUCUUUUUGGCCUCUCAUCCUAUCGCCCCAAUUUAUUUAUCAGCUGCUGUCGUGUUGUAUCGACGCUCUUCCGUACUCUCCGUCGAGCGGGAGAUGCCAUUUCUGCAUGGUUGCCUCAACCAUAUGCCACACGAACUGCCAAUCGACGAAUUGAUCGGAGACGCCAACUACCUGAUGAAGUUCAUGCCGCCGCUAACACUUAAAGGGAGAUACUUGGAGAAUUACCUGAAGCUCGUCGAUGCUGCUGAUUCGAAACGGCCGCGUGGCACGAAGCUCCCAAGUCGAGCUAUGAAGAGGAUCGUGGUAUCGGUAUUGUUGAUCGGAAUCGUCGCCGCAAAAAGCCAGAUGGACAAAGUGACAAAAAUUGCAAUGGAAGUCUUGGAGCAGUCGAGGUAUCCAGGCACGAUCAGACAGUGCCGAUGUAACGAGGAGGAGGUAUGUGGGAAGGAAGCCAUCGGUCAAGCAUUGUCGUGCACCCCUGGCUGUUACUAUGCAUUUGAUAAGGUUGCCUCGAAUCCACGAGCGCUGCAUGGCUGUAUCCAGCAGAAGACCGGCGUUCUUCAGGAUUUCUUGCAGUGCGUGAUUAAGGAAUCCGGAAGUUGCACCAACAACGCAGCCCAACCUCAGGUCAGCCACUACGACUUCCGGCGCGUGCUUCAGAAUGGUGUCGCGAGGCUGCAGGCCAGCCGCGCCGACAUUCUGAGCUCAUCCACAUUGAAGAGCAUUCGAAAUUUCGCUAACGCUGUGAUGGACUUUGGCUUGUGCGUGGAAAGCUGUGCAGCGCAGGAAAACGCUGCCGGCACGUGCUUUGACCGCAAAGGGUGCAACCCGGUCUUUGAAGAAAAAAAGGCGCGCAAGGGCUUGAAACGAUGCAUGAAACGCAUCAACUGGAAGGUGCACGUCGGCCAAUUGUGCGACUGCGCGAUGGCGGCCGGAGUAAGUGAGCUCAACCGCUUCUGCCCAAUCUUACGGCUCAUGUCGACGCAC